GAUGUCAUUUUCUACAGGUUGAAUUCGACUCGAUUGAUCACUCUGCUCCUUGACUCCAAACUAAUUUCCGUUCUCUGUCUCAUGGGAGAUUUUGGAUGUGGAGACGGAGGAUGGACACCGGUCAUGAAAAUGGACGGCAGAAAGGUUAAGACAGUUUUAUUUUGGAUUCUGAUCUUUUUCGUUUUCGUGGGGAGGGAGGUGCCAUCUUGGCCGCCAUCUUGGAUUUUACCAAGAAUCAGAAAUCAGGUUAAAACCGCAAGAAAUGGUAAUUUUUUGUGCUUGACAUGUCAAAUAACGCAUAAAUAAUGAGCAUUUUGCAUCAUUUUAUGGGAAUUUUAUCCACAAUCUUUACUUUUAUUGUUGAAAGAAGUUGAACACCUGUUAUUUAUGACGUCAUAUCUCGUAAUCAUAGUAACUUGACCAUCACCGAACUUGUCUCAAAAUGCGUGCGAGGGAUAAACAAACAGCUACUGGAAACGUCAUAUGCUGAUGUUUUAUCGUCUAGGAAAAAACUCCUUGUACGUCCGAGGGUUAAAAAAAUUUUUGACGAUUAAAAAUGCCUUGUUUCUGAGCUUUUUGCAUAGUUGAUUGCUACCUGGUUUCAUGGGCAUAGUUGCUAUGUUCUAUGAGAGAACGAUCAGAGGGCCACUCACUUUAGAUUUGUCUGGGCGAGAGCCAGUGGUUCUGCCCUUCCGUACUAGUGGCUGCACGCUUUAGUCGCUUUCAAAAAGUGAAGCCAGCCUCGAACACAAUUUUUCUUGGCCUUGCCCUUGCGGACCUCAGUUUGGCCUAAAAAUAAUUUAAGGUGAGGGCUUGGGCCCUCUCGUGUCCUUCCCUUAGAUCCGCCACUGCGCAUGACCCAUUUUAAUGCCAGUUUUUCUAUCCUUACAGGGAACGUUUCACUACGACUCCAGUCUCUGGAGAAACAAAGAAACCUUCAACCUUGAAGGAGGGAAAACUGGGUUCGACUCACAGGAAACCAAACUUCCCUCCUACUGGAACACGUCCUUCUCAAAGAUCUGCCUCGGUAUGAAGAUAGGUCGGCAGAUCAGGUUUAUUGUCAUCAACAAGCAGGCGAACUCUUUGUACUCUCUGAUCGCUGAUGGGCAGUACCACGGCACCUCACUAGGUCGUGACACGUGGAAGUCGCUGAUUGGUUCUGAGGCCUCCUUGCAACAAAAAUGUAACUUGGAAGGGUUUAACGCCAUGAGUCCUAAUGAUCACUCCAAAGCAAGAAUUGGUAUCCUUGGUAACGAACAAGACGACUGCGGUACCUGUGACUCCAGAAUCGGUCUUGGUACUGGAGGAUCCCCAGCUCAUAACUCUAACACAUGUGGAAACGAGGCAAUAAGUUCAGCAGACAACGGCCACAAGCAUAUACAGGCAAUGGGUUAUAUCUUGGUGCAGUAA